AUGGCAGUUAUCCCUGUCUCUGUCUCGGCCAAAGAGGCCCAAAUUGCGAUCGACGAGGCUCUUGAGAAAGUCGCCAAGCAGCUUCGUGAAUUGAAUCAGUUUAUCUGGUCCAACCCCGAACUGGCGUAUGAAGAGCACAAGGCACAUGACGCAAUUUGCGAUUUCCUAGAGAGCCAGGGUUUCACAGUUACCCGACAUGCCUACGGCGUCGAUACAUCCUUCGAAUGUAUCAGUGGAACGGAGGGCCGAACGAUCAACUUCAAUGCUGAAUAUGAUGCGCUUCCCGGUAUUGGACAUGCUUGCGGACACAAUCUCAUUGCCACUAGCAGUGUUGCGGCCUUUCUCGCACUGAGCCACCUGCAAAAGAAGUUUGGCACUGGUGGUAGAAUUCAGCUUCUCGGUACUCCCGCCGAGGAGAACGGUGGUGGUAAGGAGAAGCUGCUGAACGCAGGCGCUUAUAAGGGUGUUGAUAUUUCCUUGAUGUCUCACGGUGGACCCAAAAACCUGACCGGAAAGCCCAGUGAUGGAGUUGCUGGUGUCUUGAUGAACGCCCGCAAGGAGCUGCAUGUGGAAUACUUUGGCAAGAAUGCCCAUGCGGGUGGUAACCCAUGGGAUGGUGUGAAUGCUUUGGAUGCAUUGGUGCAGGCUUACAACGGAAUCUCCACAUUGAGACAACAGAUUCUGCCCGACGAGCGCAUUCACGGUGCUUUCCUUGAUGUGCCAAAGGUUGCCAACGUCAUUCCUGCCUACACCAAGUCUUACUGGCAGAUUCGAAGCCCGACUUUGACCGGAUUAACCAGCCUUAUCGCCCGAGUCCGGAGUUGUAUCGAAGGAGCGGCGAGUAUGACGGGCUGCACGGUCAAGAUUGUGGAAGAGGGACUUUACACUGAUAUUGUUUUAAAUGAGACCCUGUGUGAGCGAUUCACCGGUCACAUGGGCAGCUAUGGAAGGGAGAUUAUUCAGAAACACGACAAGGUCUUGACCGGGUCUUCUGAUGUCGGCAAUGUAAGCUACGCCACACCAACACUGCACUCCAUGUUUGCAAUUCCAGCUCCAGAAGGUUCCUUCCCCCACCACCCGACUUUCACUGCUUGUGCUGGAACCGAUGAGGCACAUGUGGAGGCCAUUCUUACUGGUAAAGGACUGGCUCUUACUGGAUGGGAUAUGUUGACUGAUGAUACACUCUUUGGGUCGGCCAAGUCCCAGUGGGAAGGACAGGUGCCUGCCAGCUCUUGA